AUGGCGGAGCGGCGGUGGGAGCCGGGGCCGUCGUCGGGCUCCCCGUCGGGCUCCCCCCCCGCCCCGUCCCCGUCCCCGUCCCCCCCGCCGGGAGGCCUCUGCCAGCGCUGCGGGUCCGGCGGGGCGGCCAAGUGGGUCCGCCUCAACGUGGGCGGCACCUACUUCCUCACCACCCGACACACGCUGGGACGCGACCCCAAGUCCUUCCUCUUCCGACUGUGCCAGGCCGACCCCGACCUCGAUUCCGACAAGGAUAAAACAGGUGCCUAUCUAAUAGACCGAGACCCUACGUACUUCGGACCGGUGCUGAACUAUCUGCGACACGGAAAGCUGGUUAUCAACAAGGACCUCGCGGAGGAAGGGGUGCUGGAAGAAGCGGAGUUCUACAACAUCACCUCACUAAUAAAACUCGUAAAGGACAGGAUAAGAGAACGAGACAGCAAAACCUCACAGGUGCCGAUCAAACACGUUUACCGGGUGCUGCAGUGUCAAGAGGAGGAGCUCACCCAGAUGGUGUCCACCAUGUCGGACGGCUGGCGGUUUGAGCAGCUGGUCAGCGUAGGCCCCGCCUUUGGCUUCGGCCGGGCCCGCCAGGCAGAGUUUCUGCUGAUAGUGGCGCGAGAAAUCAAGGGGGAGGAGACGCGUCUCCAGAAAAGCGGCGGCGAGCUGGUCAACAUCGGCUCUUCCUACAACUACGGGAACGAAGACCAGGCUGAGUUUCUCUGUGUCGUGUCCAAGGAGCUACACAACACCCCCUACGGCACAAGCAGUGAGCCCAGCGAGAAGGCCAAGAUCUUGCAAGAAAGAGGCUCCCGGAUGUGAAGGUCCCGGUAUUGCGAGUUGGAGGAUUUUUACAGUUUGAUUUGAUUUGAUUAUUUUCCCCCCUCACUCCCCCUCCAUCCCCACCUCCUCCCUGCCCCCCGCCAAGAUCCGGUGACCCGCCCGGCCCCCCCGGGCGGAUGGGCAACAAUCUUCCCGUCGUCGUCGACCGGGUUGGAACCCCCACCCUCCCCACCGGCCCGAAUCGGGGCCGGGAACGGCGGAAAAAGCACUACAGGCCGUAGCCCGCGCGUGGGCCCGGGACCGUUGGAGCUCCUGGUGUCUCCCCGCCGCCCGGGGCCGGGCCCUGCGGCUGGCCCUCCCCCCCGCCCAGACCCACCCCGAGGAGUCGGCCGCUUUUUGGUAUUAGUCGUUGCCGAGAGCUGAGAGGACAACCGACUUGGUGCUACACAAAUUACCGCCCUUAACUACAGGGACCGGUGGCGGGGGGCUGACGAGAAGGCUCAGGAACCGUCCACCCCGGGAACACCGUCUGAUCCCAGCCCGUGGCGAGAGAGGCAGCCCCCAGGAGAGAGGAGACCGGCUGUGGCCUCCGGGGAGGAGGGGACCCCUCCGGGUCCCCACGGGGCUCCCUCUUGCCCGGAUGGCACGACAACCCGGCUGAGCCGAAACCCUGCCCUCGCUCCUCCGGGCCAGCAAGACCUGGGGGCCUUGGAGGCUUCUCCGAGGUCUGGCCCGCCGCAGGUCAUCCGGCCUCGAACCCGCGCAGAACGGCGACCGUUGCCUUUGGCAUGAUGGGGAAAUUUAUCAGAGAGAGUGUGGCUCGCCCGGUGGUAGGCAUGGCACCCAUCAGGGUCUCCGGGGUCGUGGCUAGAGCGCUCAACCCUUCUCCCGACCGCUCAGGUCCGCGGCACCUGGAUCGCGCCGAAAGCUCGGGAUGUUUACAAUUCGUCAUCUCUCUUUCUCUCUCUCUCUCUGCCAGUCUUGCUGUCUCCCCGGGUGGCUUUUUUCUUCGCGGGGGGUGGUGGUUUGUUUGUGUGUUCCCCGGUCGUCAUCUUGUCCUUUUCUUUUUGUUUUUUAAACUAUGCAGUUCUUUUCUUUCUAGAAACAUUUGAGGGCUCUCACACCCAGCCCCGGGUGGGCUCUGCUGACCUCACGUGAGAUUGGAGCUGUUGAGAGAGUUGUUUAAGGGGAUGGGGGCGGUGGGGAGGGGGGCAAGGGGGACCCGUUGGCAUGCUUUUAAAAUAGAUUUCACCAUUAAGCGGUAGAGUAGAACUCCUGUUGCUUAGAAGCACUACUAGGGGGAUGGUCGGAAUUUUUUGAUUUUAUUCUUUUCCCAAGUGUGGUGAGCAGCAAGUCGGGGGAGUAAGCGGUGUUUGAAGGAACGCAGGACAGCUGGAGUUUGAGGCCUUUUUAAAACCACACACACGUACACAGACACAACCAACCCCCACACACCCCUACACGCACACACACACACCCCCCUACACACAUGCACACCCGAAAUCUCACCUGCGCUUUCUCCUCCGCCGUGCUGCUCCACCAUCCAAGCGUCCCGCUCCCGUCCGGAAGGCCGCAUGGGCUCCCGGUUUGGCCGAUACCGUCGAUAGAGACAUUUCCGUCCGGUCGCGGGGUGGGGGGGAUCAGCGGGCCGAGGGACCCCUCUCCCCCUCACCCCGACCCGGAAGAAUUUGAGAGUUCGUUUUUGCCACCCGCGGAUGUGUGUGCUUGGAUGUGUGUGAUUGUGCGCGUGUGUUUUGUAAAAGAUAUUAAGACCUGAUGAAUCGACUAAACUUUAUUCUAAGGGGA